AUGAACGGGAACUCCUCUGCGCCCAAGAGCCAUGAUGAUGCUACUACUACUGCUCCUCCGCAGAAGCGUCGACGCUUGUCGGCAUCGAAACCGCUCCACGACACUUCUGUACCUUCAGAAACAGAACGGCAUUCAUCACUUCGCAUUGAGAUUCACAAACUCUUUCACAAGGAUUCCAAAAGAGUUCGGCCUCUUCAAGAAACUCCGCCAAAUGAUGAAAUUCUCAACACCAAAGGCAAGUGCCAGAUCACCAUUUCUGAUGUGAGCGGAGGCUUUAUCAAUAUCGUCCAUCGUGUCAGUCAGAGUUGCGACAUAGUCUCUUACAAAAAUCCCUCGGGACCUCAUCGGAUUAUUUUCAUUAAACCACUAGAGUCGUUUGUUGUUCCUGAGGAAACCAUCCUGAUCAACAGGCAAGAUGAUCCGUCUCACGACUACUCGUCAUCUUACAAACUUGAUGUUGAGCUGAGCUCAAUCAAUGAUGGUAGCUGGCCACCACUCAACGCCCAGGAACUGGGAUUCACGGAAAGCCAGCCCCAAGCCAAGCCAUUGGCUGAUGCUGGUGAGCAGAAAUGGGUUCUGCACAGCGAAUUUCCCCAGAUCUUCGGAAGGUGUAAAAAUCCCGUCAAGCUCACAGCCGGCGUUCACCCAGAACGACCGGAGUGCCAUACCGAUUAUGUCAUGGACAUAAAUCUACGCUGGGCUACCGCGUUUAAGCCUAUUGACAAAACUGCCAACAGUUGCAUUACUGCUGUAGAUCCAGAUGCCGAGGAAAUUUAUACCAGCGAUAUUCUUGAACCUAUUCCUGACGAUCAACUCGACAGUGUGAGCCCUCUCGCUGUCGAAGAUGGCGUCAACGUUAUUGGCGACACGGGUGAAACCAACGAAAUCAACGGCGCCAGCGAAACCGAGGGCGUUGGCGAGAUACACGGAAUCAAUGAAACCAAUGGCAUCAAAGAAGUUGGAAUCGCCAAUGAUCAUGAAUCAGAUGGUGUCAAAGAAGCUGAAACCGCCAAUGAGCAUGAAAUGAAUGGCAUCAAAGAAGCUGAAAAAGCCAAUGAGCAUGAAACGAAUGGCAUCAAAGAAGCUGGAACCGCUAAUGAGCAUGAAACGAAUGGCGUAAAUGGCAUUCACCAUAUCACGCCCGAGCCCGAGCCCGAGCCUGAUAGCGCAAACGAUAUUCUUGACACGAGCGUCGUGAACGAAUACAGGCAUCUUAGCGAGGACUUGCCGCAUGCUCAUUCACGUGAUCAUUCACAGGACCAUUCUCAGGACCAUUCUCAGGACCAUUCUCAGGACCAUUCUCAGGACCAUUCUCAGGACCAUUCGCAGGACCAUUCUCAUGAUCUUGAGGGCGAGCUCGAAGGUGACCAAACACCGAACCGUCCCCUAAGAAAAAGAGCCAAUAACGUGAAUUAUAAUCUCAAAAAGUUGUCUGCCCAGGCUUCCGGCAAAGAGCGCAAGCCACGGGCGAAAGCCGGGCAAAAUGCGCAGGUUGAGGGUCGUGUCACAUAUCUGCCACCAAUCAACGACCCCGUACAUCUAGACUCCUGGCGGUGUUUUUCUUGCGGCUGUCCCAACGAUUCUUUAGAUGUCUUGCGAGCUCACUUGAAAAACUUUCAUCUUAACUACGACUAUGCUCUAGAAAUUACGAGCGAAGGGCCUCUGUUCCGUGUUACUCGCAUUUCUGGCCUUGCCGAUUUACCCACGAAGACAUUGCAGCUUGGCAAGCCGACAGGACCAUUCAACCUGAAAGAUUACAAUAAAGGCAACGAGUCGUGGAUAACCUCACGUUUAGGGCCGGAUCAUAGCGAGCCUGAUGUGUUAUCACCAGCGAAAGCCACUACAAAGAAACUGUUCGACAAGCCUGCUAUCAAACCUCCACAGCCCCUACCAGCAGCGCAAACUGUGGAACGGCGACAAGAGAAGAAGAAAGUUAUCAUCCCUGAUUCAUCACAACCACUAUUCGACCCCACGAGCAAAGCUCGCCUCAAACCUGGCGAUGAGCUGCCGAAACCUGCAGUGGAUAACAAGUGGUUACUUCAGAAGCAUCGCGAGGGAAUCGGGGAGUUCUCAGACGUAUCACCAGAGGAGAAGGAGUAUAUCUGCAGGUGGGAUGCUUUUAUGCUGCAGCAAAACGUUACUUCUAGAGCAUACUUUCGACGGUCUUGGCUCAAGUUUGUCAAAGACAACGCAUUAUGGCUGGCGAGUGUAGGUCAUCGAAUGAUCGAGUUCGGCAAACACUUGUGUGUGCUGAUGGCGAAAGAUGUUCUGGAUGACCAGUGCGUUGAUAGUGCCUAUAGGCUGAUUGAAGACGCAAGGACUCAGUUGAAGUCUGGCGGUUGUGACGAGGAGAUGGGUAAUAUCAGAACCGCACCGGGGGACAGUCCGUCGAAACAGCUACCCCGAACUUCACACAUCACGAAAGGCGCGAAUGGAUGCACAAUCUGCAAGUUGCCUGUUCUCGGUCCCUCUCUACUGAUUUGCUCAAACAAGGUAAUGCAUGUUCUACCAUGA